AUGGUCAAACGCCAGAUCGACGCAGAGAGUAUCACCGAUGGUCGAAUCGGUAUCAAAAAUAAGUCUGUUUUAGAAGCGAUGCGACGCGUACUUCGUCAUGAAUUUGUCCCUGCCCAUCUGAAAUCCCGCGCAUAUAUUGAUAUGCCACUGCCGAUUGGAUAUGAUCAGACAAUUUCGCAACCGUAUAUCGUUGCGUAUAUGACAGAAAUGCUUGAUCCUAAAAAAGAGUACAAAGUCCUUGAAGUGGGCACCGGUUCGGGAUAUCAAGCGGCGGUGUUAGCGGAGUUGGUCGAUCAUGUCUAUACGAUCGAAAUUAUCAAGGAGCUUGGCGAAAGUGCAGAGAAGCGGCUGAAACGGCUCGGCUAUAAAAACGUGACGGUGAAAAUCGGUGAUGGUUACUUCGGUUGGGAGGAACACGCGCCUUAUGAUGCGAUUAUUGUCACCGCUGCACCGGAUCAUAUUCCACCGAUGUUAAUACAUCAACUGAAACCGGGUGGGCAAUUGUGCAUUCCGGUUGGUGGACGUUUCCGGGUGCAGAGCCUGACACUUGUACAAAAAACAGAAUCGGGUUCAAUUAUGACAAGGCAAGUGAUGCCGGUUAGUUUUGUCCCGUUAACUGGGAAGCAUUAA